CUAGGGCUGGGAGUCGGUGCAGGAGAAGGAGCCGGGCCAUGCCCGAACCGCCCCCCGGAGCUCCCUGAGCCUACACCCCUGCCACCACCCAUUUGGGCAGGAACCCAGACGCCAACCCCCACCAUGGGCAGCAAGGAGCGCUUCCACUGGCAGAGCCACAAUGUGAAACAGAGCGGUGUGGACGACAUGGUGUUGCUGCCACAGAUCACUGAGGACGCCAUCGUGAGCAACCUCCGCAAGCGCUUCAUGGACGACUACAUCUUUACCUACAUCGGCUCCGUGCUCAUCUCCAUAAAUCCCUUCAAGCAGAUGCCCUACUUCACGGACCGUGAGGUCGACCUGUACCAGGGCGCGGCCCAGUACGAGAACCCCCCGCACAUCUACGCCCUCACGGACAACAUGUAUCGGAACAUGCUCAUCGACUGUGAGAACCAAUGUGUCAUCAUCAGUGGAGAGAGUGGAGCUGGGAAGACGGUGGCAGCCAAAUACAUCAUGGGUUACAUCUCCAAAGUGUCCGGAGGGGGCGAGAAGGUCCAGCAUGUGAAGGACAUCAUCCUGCAAUCAAACCCCCUGCUCGAGGCCUUCGGCAACGCCAAGACCGUGCGCAACAACAAUUCCAGUCGCUUUGGCAAGUACUUUGAGAUCCAGUUCAGCCGCGGCGGGGAGCCAGAUGGGGGUAAGAUCUCUAACUUCCUGCUGGAGAAAUCCCGCGUGGUCACGCAGAAUGAAAACGAGAGGAACUUCCACAUCUACUACCAGCUGCUGGAAGGGGCCUCCCAGGAGCAGCGACAGAACCUGGGGCUCAUGACCCUCGACUACUAUUACUACCUCAACCAAUCGGAUACCUACAAGGUGGAUGGCACUGAUGACAGGAGUGAGUUCAGCGAGACCCUGAGUGCCAUGCAGGUCAUCGGGAUCCCGCCUAACAUCCAGCAGCUGGUCCUGCAGCUUGUGGCAGGGAUCCUGCACUUGGGAAACAUCAGCUUCUGCGAAGACGGGAAUUACGCCCGGGUGGAGAGUGUGGACCUCCUGGCCUUUCCUGCCUACCUGCUGGGCAUCGACAGUGGGCGGCUGCAGGAGAAGCUGACCAGCCGAAAGAUGGACAGCCGCUGGGGUGGGCGCAGCGAGUCCAUCGACGUGACCCUCAAUGUGGAGCAGGCGACCUAUACCCGCGACGCCCUGGCCAAGGGGCUCUACUCCCGUCUCUUCGACUUCCUCGUGGAGGCCAUCAACCGAGCUAUGCAGAAGCCCCAGGAAGAGUACAGUAUUGGCGUUCUUGACAUCUACGGCUUCGAGAUAUUCCAGAAAAACGGCUUUGAGCAGUUCUGCAUCAACUUUGUCAAUGAGAAGCUACAGCAGAUCUUCAUCGAACUCACCCUGAAGGCUGAGCAGGAGGAGUAUGUACAGGAGGGCAUCCGCUGGACCCCCAUCCAGUACUUCAACAACAAAAUCGUCUGUGACCUCAUCGAAAACAAGCUGAGCCCCCCGGGCAUCAUGAGCGUCCUGGACGACGUGUGUGCCACCAUGCACGCCACGGGCGGCGGCGCCGACCAGACGCUGCUGCAGAAGCUGCAGGGGGCCGUGGGCACCCACGAGCACUUCAACAGCUGGAGCGCUGGCUUUGUCAUCCACCACUAUGCUGGCAAGGUCUCCUAUGACGUCAGUGGCUUCUGUGAGAGGAACCGGGAUGUUCUCUUUUCCGACCUCAUAGAGAUGAUGCAGACCAGUGAGCAAGCCUUCUUCCGGAUGCUGUUCCCCGAGAAGCUGGAUGUAGACAAGAAGGGCCGCCCCAGCACCGCUGGCUCCAAGAUCAAGAAACAAGCCAAUGACCUGGUGGCCACGCUGAAGAAGUGCACACCCCACUAUAUCCGCUGCAUCAAACCCAACGAGACCAAGAGGCCGCGCGACUGGGAAGAGAGCAGGGUGAAGCAUCAGGUGGAGUACCUGGGCCUGAAGGAGAACAUUCGGGUGCGCAGGGCGGGCUUCGCCUACCGCCGCCAGUUCAGCAAGUUCCUGCAGAGGUACGCCAUUCUGACCCCCCAGACGUGGCCGCAGUGGCGUGGGGACGAGCGUCAGGGGGUCCAGCACCUGCUGCAGGCAGUCAACAUGGAGCCAGACCAGUACCAGAUGGGGAGCACCAAGGUCUUCGUCAAGAACCCCGAGUCGCUCUUCCUUCUGGAGGAGAUGCGAGAGCGCAAGUUCGAUGGCUUUGCCCGCACCAUCCAGAAGGCCUGGCGGCGCCAUGUAGCAGUCCGGAAGUAUGAGGAGAUGCGGGAGGAAGCUUCCAACAUCCUGCUGAAUAAGAAGGAGCGGAGACGGAAUAGCAUCAAUCGGAACUUUGUCGGGGACUACCUGGGGCUGGAGGAGCGGCCGGAGCUGCGUCAGUUCCUGGCCAAGAGGGAGCGUGUGGACUUCGCUGACUCAGUCACCAAGUACGACCGCCGCUUCAAGCCCAUCAAGAGGGACUUGAUCCUGACACCCAGGUGUGUGUAUGUGAUCGGGCGAGAGAAGGUGAAGAAGGGACCUGAGAAGGGCCAGGUGCAUGAGGUCCUGAAGAAGAAGCUGGAGAUCCAGGCCCUGCGAGGAGUUUCCCUCAGCACGCGGCAGGACGACUUCUUCAUCCUCCAAGAAGACGCGACCGACAGCUUCCUGGAAAGCAUCUUCAAGACCGAGUUCAUCAGCCUCCUGUGCAAGCGCUUCGAGGAGGCGGCACGGAGGCCCCUGCCACUCACCUUCAGUGACACACUACAGUUCCGGGUGAAGAAGGAGGGCUGGGGCGGAGGUGGCACCCGCACCGUCACCUUCUCCCGUGGCUCCGGCGACGUGGCGGUGCUCAAGGCUAGCGGCCGGACACUCACCGUUAGCAUGGGUGACGGUCUGCCUAAAAGCUCCAAGCCUACACGGAAAGGAUUGGCCCAGGGAAAACCUCGAAGGUCGCCCUAUGCCCCUUCCCGGGCAGCUCCAGGGCCCCACAGAGGUCUAGACCGUAAUGGGGUGCCCCCCUCUGCCAGAGGGGGCCCCCUGCCCCUGGAGAUCACAUCUGGAGGGGGCUCCCAGCGGCCUCCCCGAGGCCCUCCAGCCUCAGCCUUGAGGGCCAACAGACGACCCCGGGCACAGCUCCCGUCGGAGCACAACACAGAAUUCCUCAACGUGCCAGAUCAGGGCGUGGCUGGCAUGCAGAGGAAGCGCAGCGUGGGGCAGCGGCCUGUGCCAGGUGUGGGCCGACCCAAGCCCCAGCCACGGACGCAUGGCCCGCGAUGCCGGGCACUGUACCAGUACGUGGGCCAAGACGUGGAUGAGCUGAGCUUCAAUGUGAAUGAAGUCAUCGAAAUCCUCAUGGAAGAUGCCUCGGGCUGGUGGAAAGGCCGGUUGCAUGGCCAGGAGGGCCUCUUCCCAGGAAACUAUGUGGAGAAGAUAUGAGUGGGGGUACCCACAACUCUGUCCUCGCACCUGCCAGGGAGCCAGGCCUUGCUAGCGGGGGUCUCGUUUCCCUUGGCUGCAUUGGCCAGAAGGUCCAGUCCUGUGGCCUCCAGCCCAGCCCACCCCGGGCCCUGGGUGGGUCUGGUAGUCACCACUGUAGCCACCCUGGACCCUGGCUUCCCCCAUGUCACACCAGUUUUCCCCUGCGUCACACAGGGCUAACAGCAUAGCCUACCUCCCAGCUGCCUUGUGAGUACAAAAUGAGUUGUGUCCUGUCAGCAAAGUGCGGGGCACAGUCCGGGGGGCCUUGACAAGCAUGAUUUCUCUCCUUCUCUCUUCACUGAGAAUAAAUGUUUGCCGGGCAGAAGUGUGAACUAACUGAGCGCCAACCUUCUCAGAACUUUGUGACGUAGGAGCAGCAAAUGCCCCAUUUUACAAGUGGAAAAAUGAAGGCUCAGGGGUUGAGUCACUUGCCUAAGAUUCUACAGAGCCAAGUCUUGAAAAGCUGGAGUUGGUCUCACAUGCCAGCUUCUAGACGCUGCAUCCCAGCUUUUUUGCAGAAAAUGGUCCAGUGGGUCCUGAUAGAUCUGAAUCUGCAGCCCCCACACCCAUCCGGUACCCAACUGGACCCUGAGGAAUGAGGCAGGUCCCACAUGCCCCCUAGCCCCCACCCUAUGUCCGUGCCUUCUUAGCCCUCAGUUGCCUAGAAUCAGGACAGGGCCCUGGAUUUCUGCACUUAUGAUCACGGGUGAAGGGGUCGACCUGGCUACUGGUCUCCCCAGCUGUCAGACCCCAUGCAGGAGUCUGAGCCUUCUGAGUACUCCAUGCAGGGGCAGCUGGAACCGGCUGGGAGUCGUGCCAUGGUCUGGUCCUGAGGAUCCUGGCUUACCAGACGGACACCACCUCUUUGCUCAGCCGCUCAGAGAGCAGCCAGUCUGGGAGAGCGGUAGGGUCAGAACUGAGCCAGAGAAGGGACGGGCUGACUGGCCAGCUGAGCCUCCUGUAGGGAAGCUGAUCUAGGGAAGCUGAGUGUGGCUGGAAAAAAAUCCCAAGGUUGCAACUGGGUCUCAACAGCCCUUUUGUUAGUGAAUUGUUAUACAAAAGCAUUUAGCCAGUCCCUUGAAUGUCCCUGGUUCCCUCCAUGUCUGACUGUCUAACUCUACUACCCAACCACCACUGUGUGCAUCCCUCACUGCAAGACUUACAUGUAAGGACAGAUGGCAGGGAGGACAACUGACAUGAGCCACUGACCUCAUCAGCUGGGCAUUUCCUGGUGCUGAAGAGGAAAUCAGGGCUUCCCUCUCCCUUCUCUGCCCUCGAACUCACUGCCCCUCCUCCUGGCACUUUGAGGUACAGCGCUAUGACCCCACUACUGUGGCAGGCACAACAUAUGUAGGAAGUAGGGCCUUCUAGAUAGAAUGGAUAGAUGAGGUUUGGGUGGGGUGCUGGAUAUGGAGAAUGGAGUGGGCUUGACAUUCUAACAGAUAGCUUCUCACAUCUAGGUUACAGCAUCUGCAAACCUCAGUCAGCUUGGCCCCACCCACUCAGCCCCACAUCCUGUUGACUCUUAAAAAAUUUCUUAAGUCAGGCCCUUCCUCUCCCUUCCUUGGAUCCCUGUCCUGUCUGAAAAUGGGCCAGAUUGCACCAACCUCCCUGCAUACACA